CACUCUGCUUUUUCAAAAUAAUGUGAUUUAAUUGUUUUCAAUAGUAUGCAACAUCUCAAAAUUAUGUUUUAGGUUAUUGAAACUCUUGUACAUAGACACGCUUGACAUUUAAUACCUUAAAUAUAUUUGCUCAUUUCAUUUUAAUAGCUUCAAAGAUAUAUGGUUAAUUGCUUUAUUAAAAUAUAAGCUUCACCAAAAUGUACUGAGAAACAUUUAUUAAACAAUAUAGCGUCUCUGUCCCAGACAGACAUGGGGGUUAAACUACUAAAUAUACCGUUUUUCUAAAGUAAAAAUUAAGACAGAGAUGCAUGUCAGUUGAUGUCCUGAAGUUGUCUUCUAGUAUUGUACUGAUUUGCACUUGUAGAUAGUACGUAGGAACUCAGAAAAAAAUGCCCACCAAAAUAAAUAUAAAGUAUUUAAAACCCAGGGUACAAAAAAAUAAAAUAAAAAUCAAUUACCUACUUCUGUUAUACGUUUUGAGCAAAACAUGUACAUAAUGAAUAUAUAUUCAUAUAUGGACGAAUACAAUUAUACAAUAUUAACAAAUAUAUUUACACACAUGUAUUUUACAUUCUGAAUAACAACUGAUGCCCGCCCUCCUCAGUUGCGCGCGCAGCCGCAUAAUUCAGCCGGGGGCACAUGCAGUUAAAUUACAUUUUACAUCCAUAAUAUAUUUUUAAAUAAAAAUAAGCCUAUGCGUAUAUUAAAUCUAGUCCAAAGGUCAUAAAAGUGUAAUUUAAUGUGUUUCACACAAGACGUUUGCAUUUUGCAAAUUCUGGUAAUCAGAACACGACUCGGCGAAGACGACGGCGUAGUGAGUUGGCAAUUUAUUGCUAUUGAAACAUGGUGGCCCUGAAAUUAAAAAAAAAAAAAACUACGAAUAAAUUGUUAUCUGGUCAGCCUUGGGGGUUGCUAUUGAAAAGUUACAUUAAUGAGUAAUGUAAGUACGCUUUUGUCGAGGGCGUGCAGGUAUCACGCUUUCUCUGUUCAACAUCGUCACAGGAACGGCUUAGCCUUCCUUUGUUGCUUCUAGAAUAUACUAUAUUGGCAUUACCGCUUCAAGUACAAAGUACAUACUUUGUCCAAUAAUCCUUAGGCAAUUGUUCUUAAAACAAACGAUUUAUCUGAUUUAAAAGGCUGCGAAAAAUCGCAUUUAAAACCUUAACGGUAAGAGUGAUUUAAUAUGGUUUGUUGGUCUUCUAAACGUGGUUUAUAAUUUUGGCCCAUGUUUGGUCUCUCUUUUCUUCCUCUUUUUAAAAUCAAGAACCACAGUUCGCCAACUGGGUUAAUAUUUUUGGAUAGAAUGAAAUCCUGCACCAAAUCAAACGUUCAGUCCAAUCCUGGAUCCCUCAUAUAUUCCUCGCAGUAUUGUUGACGCUCUAGUAUCGCGCUCCCUGCGAGAGCGCCCAGGAGACCCCGUGCUGCUACAGCUGUAUAACAGAACACUGUUAUUCCCUUUUACACGGAUAAAAGAAAAAAUAAUUCCUUAUAUGAAAGACCAUUGAACUCCACGGCGUGUGUAUUUAGUAACACAACAUCUUUCCACAAAUCCUCGGUCCCUUCUUUUGAGAGUAUCCAUUUUAACUAGCUGUUAGUCUUCCAAACUUACAGCUCCUGCAGCCUCUCAACGCCAUCUCACGCUGCAAAAUGCUGACUAGAGAAGUGAGCCACCUCCAAAAAAACAAGGCUCUGCCUCUUUUCUGUCUACGACAACAGUUGAUCCAACGGCAUAUGCGCGUUCCUGUUUGUUACAGCGAUUGACACAUUUCUACCCUAUAGCAUACCAGAGGGCGCGGGCUAGGGCUGCAAGUCCGCCCUCGUAAUGAACCCCUGCUCCGCUGUGGAGGAAACCCUGUAUUAUGGUUGUGUGUAGGCUUCGCUGGGAGCCGCGGUCGAUGCCGGUGUAGAGAGGGGGAUGGGCAAUACUGCAAAUGUAAAGGACAUGAGAUUGAAUCACAGUCUUGAAUCACCAAGUGCUGUACAUACCCAUAUAAAUACCGACUAUAAUUUUGUAAAAUAACAUUGUAUAUUGAUGUAUUCUUUAGCAACUCAGCGUGAACAUUUGAAGACCGCACAGUGUCUUAAAUGGGAGAAAAUGUGAAACUUUCAACUCUUGCGUAAGGGACACUGAGAAGUUUGGAAGAUAGCCUGAGAGCCUCGCGGUUUACAGUUCACAGGAAACACCGAGGUUGCAAGAGAAGGCCUGCUGUUCUGCCUCGCAUCGAUGUUGGAUUUUUUAAGAACACUAAAUACCUUUAAUAGGCAUUUGAAUUUCAAUUACGCUGGAAGGACGCUAUAGGACUCCUGAUGUGCGUGAUGUGGUAUAGCAGCGCCCCAUCUGAGGAGUGCUUCACUGCUGCCAUUAGGAGCCCUUGAUUCUCCUCUUCCCUCCCCUCUCCCUCCCCUCACCCCCUCCCCGCCCCGCCCCCCCCCCCAUCCCCUUCCCUGUGUUGCUGCGCUUGACGUCAUGAGCAUAGUAAUCACACUGGGAGUCACCACACCUGAGACACCUUACACCGAUAUGGCCGCUGGAUCAGAUCCUGAGUCAGUUGAAGCGAGCCCAGCAGUAAAUGAGAAAAAUUACUCAAGUCGCAGCUGUGGGAACACACAGAGUCAUGGAUAUGGGGGACUUCCCUAUGCUGAUCAUAACUAUGGAGCUCCACCUCCCACCCCUCCUGCCUCCCCACUCUCCCAGACCGUUUUCUCCCAUUCGGAACGCAAUGGCACUCUGGGACGAUCGCGGCCCUGUUUUUCCACCAAUGAACCAGACAACUCUGCUGACAGCGAGAGCUCAUCGGAGGAGGAGGAGGUGGUGGAAGGCGCAAUUCCACCUUCUUGGUGUCAGUGCCGUCUAAUGCAAGAUGGCUUCCUCAUUAAGUGUGAGAGUUGCAGGAGUCUGGAGAAGAAGAAAGGGCUGGAUGGGCAGCGCAGAAAAGCAGAGAAUGUUUCAGUGGGCGAGAGCAGUGCUACAGAAAGUGGAGAUGAGGACAUGUCAGCUUCUGCUGUGUCGUACACAGCCACUCAACACACACCCACUAGCAUCACUCUCACUGUCAAAAGAGUCAAACACAACAAAGUCAAGAAGAGAAAGAAGAGCACAGAGAAAACACGCACUACUCCUAAAGCCAAGAAGGUUAAGGCUUACAGAGAGGGUUCCAGAAAAUCCAUGAGAAUGAAGAAUUCUGCGUCUGAGGCUAGUGUUUUGGAUGAGAAUACAACAGAAGGAUGGGAGACUCGAAUUCGGCAGUGGACGGACCAGUAUGAGGAAGCUCUGUCUAACCAAUACAGUGCUGACGUGCAGAACCUCCUCAAACACUACUGUGCCAAUGGCAACUCGUCCCCCACCCCAUCUACUGUCGCCAUGGACACCAUUAACAGAACAGAACUAGCUUGCAACAACACUGUGUUGGGCUCGCAAAUGCAGUUACAGCUGGGUCGUGUAACACGUGUGCAGAAACAUAGGAAGAUUCUCAGAGCUGCACGGAAUUUGGACCCUGAAACACUCAUCAUUGAGUAUAGAGGCAAAGUCAUGCUCAGACAGCAGUUUGAAGUCAAUGGACAUUUUUUCAAAAAGCCAUAUCCAUUUGUCCUGUUCUACUCCAAGUUCAACGAAGUGGAGAUGUGUGUGGAUGCCCGAACGUUUGGCAAUGAUGCACGGUUUAUCAGAAGAUCAUGCACACCCAAUGCUGAGGUGCGGCACAUGAUAGCAGAGGGGAUGAUUCACCUGUGUAUCUACGCUGUUGCUCAAAUUUCAAAAGAUUCUGAAGUCACAAUCGGCUUUGACUACGAUUUUAGUUGCUGUAAUUAUAAAGUGGAUUGUGCAUGUCAUAAGGGCAAUCAGGACUGUCCUGUGCAGAGACACAAUCUCCGCCCCCUUCAACUGCUAUCCCCCCAGUCUUCAAACUUUUCCCUGCCUGGAGCAGAAACCCGGAGAAGACGAGCCCGACGCAGAGAAAUGGAAGGGGACAGGCUCGUAACUGGUGUAUCUGAUGAGAGCAACCACCUGCUGGAAGAUGCAAAUGAGGCACAGGGAGUUAGCGAUACAGAGGAUGCUCUUAUGGACAGAGUGAAGUUGGAGAAUGGAGAGGAGGAGUUAGAUGAGAAUGGAGCACUAAUACCAAACAGACGUUCUCGUGAAGAACGCAAGGCAGAGGCCAUAAUGCACAUGUUUGAGAACCUUGAUAGGAGAAAGAAACGUGGUCAGGGCACAGCGCAGGCUACACCUGAAGAAAUCAAACUGGAACCAGGGGAGGCAGAAGUCCCCUCACUUACAGCAGGAAACUGUGUUCCAAAUACAGGAGCAGGUGGAGGAAUCAGUACAAGGCGCACCUCCUUUGCUGCUGUGGAAACAACAGAUAUUGACUCUGAAAAGCCCCCUGCUACACCAAGUCCUGCCCCUAAAGCGCAACCUGCCCGUAGUUCCAAACCACGUCCUAAGAGCCGCAUCUCAAGGUACCGUUCCAGUUCAGCCCAGCGUGCUCGAAGACAGCGGCAGGCUCUUUCUCAGCAAGCAGCAGAAGGAGUUUUGGUGGGUGGUGAAGAAGGCAGUGCAGGCGCAGGCCUCAGGGAGCAGGGCCAGGUAGAGGGAGCUCCAAACUGUGGGAAUGUCCAGGAUGGAGAACUAUGUGGAGCUGCCUCUUCAGGGAUGGGUAAUAAGACUAAUGUCAGAUGCCCAAAAACCAAAAAGUACCUAGUGACGGAGUGGUUAAAUGACAAGGUUCCAGAGCGGGUGGAGGAGUCUGUGGAACGCCCUUUACGCAUCACCACUGACCCUACAGUCCUGGCCACCACCCUCAACAUGCUGCCAGGACUAUCUCAUUCACCGCUCAUCUGUACUACCCCCAAACACUAUGUUCGUUUUGGUUCACCCUUUAACCCAGAAAGACGCCGACGACCCUGUAUGAUUGACCCUGCAUAUGGUUCUUGCAAGAAGAGGUGGAUGAAACAAGCGCUGGAUGAGAGCAUGUUAUCUGGCCUAUUGGAAGAUGGAACAGAGUCCAAUUCUUCCCACAAAAGUAACACCAGCAGCACUAGCAGCUCUCAACCGUUCAAACCUGAGCUGACAGGACCAUUUAAGAAGAGGAAAUUGAAGUGUUCAUCAGAAACGUCAGCUCCGCCCUCUGAACUCUUGUUACGACCAUUGUCCCCCAUCACCCCACCUCUGCCCUCUGAACUUCCCAUGACGCCUCUUCAUUCGCUCAUGACUCCCUGCUCGCUUUAUUUAUGUGGGGAAGUGGAGAAUCUGAAUGCUACCCUGCUUUCUUACUCUCCUCUCACAUCCCGACCUGCCAGUCGCUGCAAUACACCUCUACAGUUUGAGAACAUCUCUUCUCCUGAGGCCUCUCCUGUGCACAGAUCAGAAUCUCUGACUCCAGAACCCUGUUUGCGACCAGACUUCACUUCACGGGUCACUGCCUUCCCUGACUUUUCCACAAGCCGGGGAAGCCCAGCUCCUAUGUCAGAUGACUUCUCACUUGCUGCUCCAGACUCUCUGAAUGGAUCUGGUGGUGGGACUCCCUGCAGCUCAGCUGUUGUGUCCAGUCUAUGUGACUCUUCCUUGGUUUCACAUGCCAGUGAGGCACAGGCCAGAGAACAGGCCUUUAGGACAGAAUUUAACCUCAUUUACACCUGCUCUCCCCUCAAUGCUAAUCUACCCACUGGUCCUGUAAGUGACAGACACUUCCCACAAUCAGAGGGAGGCUUGUCCACGACUGACUCCGACUUAAGCACAAUGUGCAGCCAGGGGCUGCUGAUGGAAGCUGGGUCUAGCUCUGGCUCUCUCUCAAUGUAUCUGGACACACAGUUUGGAGGUGGAUAUUCAGAGCGCAGCACAUCCCCCCACCCUAGCAAUCCACCACAGAAGAAGAAGGUCUCUCUGCUGGAGUACAGGGAAAGAAAGAAAGGGCCACGGGACCCAGCGCCUCACGUCACAAACCUCAGCUCCAUUUGCCCUCGCAUAGAGUCUCCAGGACAGCCGCGCUCGCAUUUUCCUCCUUCAGUCUCUCCGCACAAUUCGUUCUCUCCAGAACGGCGCUUUCCACAGAUAGAGGAGGUCAGUCCUCCUGGCAUCAGGUCUGGACACCACACACAGACCACAGUGCUGGGUGGACCAGAGUCCAACCACUGGAUUGUCCCUACAUCAGUUGAGCGGUUGAGGGAGGGACAGGGUGCUCUGGAGCGUGUUCUGAGGGGUAAUCUGAACAUAGAGCGUGCCCUUAAAAGAGGAGAUGCUGGAAUUAAUGACCAAAUCAGCAGUCGUGACAAGAGCUCUGAUGCUGUUGAGAUGGACAGGUUUGAUCUUCAAAGCUCAUCUCUGGCUUCUCCCUUAAAAAGUCCUUCGCUUCACCCACAUCAGCAGAUGCUGCCUCUCCAGCCAGAAUCCCAUCAGCAUUUGGAAAGCCCAGCCUACGACCAGCAGAGCUCCUCCUCUCCAUUCUGUCUGUCUGUAAGCCCCUCCCCUCCCCACUGCAGCUCUGGGGGGACAGGUUACUAUCCUUCAAAGCUUCCCACACACAGCCCGCUCACCCAAGAAAGCCCGUCCUCUUCUACAGUAUCUAUCUCCUCAGUGGACUCAACAAUGUGUGCGCCACAUCCUCACAGCAGCAGUGGAGGUGCAAUGGACACCUCGAGCCUUAAAGCUAAACUGUUGGACAGCUCCCUGUCUGCUGCUCUCUCUCUCCCCACCAGAGGCCACCUUAAAAUGGACAGCGCUGCAGUACCACACACACAAGGUGCUCAUGGCUCCAGAUUGGCUCAGUCGUCCAGAGUGCACAGCCAGAGAACAGACAGACCCAGUCAGGCUAACUCGAGACAUCUCACAGCUUCUGGAGCACAGCACUAUCCACAACGAAAUUUACAGGGUUCAGGGGUAUGGACACAGUCGGGGACCUUUUAGGACCCACAGUGUGCGUGUAUAUGUUUGUUUGUGUGUGUGUGUGUGUGUCAGAAAGAGAAGUGUGUGACAUCCUCCUCACUUUUACCUGUGGAGAAGCUAUGCGUUGUUCGAGGGAAUUGAUGUAUUGAGUUCUGUAUGGAUGGUCUAUUUUUGUCUUUACUUUCCCCAGUUCCUUUUAUCUUUUUCCAAAAACUGAAUUUCUGCGGUUACUUGUAACUUAGUGUGGACUUCAUAACAAUCAAAUCAAUGGAACAUUAAAGUAACUAGUUUGGAGUAUAUAACCAGAUUCACCCAAAUGAUACAAUGAUGCGUUCACACUGAAGUGCAAGUAUUUAAGAGUAAGAGGAAAAUUACUGAGUUGAGCACCAGUGGUGAAACCAAACCGUUUCUCUCAAAGUAGGGUUCACAUGUUUAAGACUUAUCUAAGAGUAAAAGUGAUCAUGCUGAUCUUAGAUGAGUUUUCAAAUUUCGUGUCUAAUGAACGAUAUCAUGACCGUAUGAAAUGGCACUCUUACUUUAAGAUGCUUUGCACGCUUGACUCGGAGUGCACUCUCCUGUUUUCAGUUUUAUCAGUAGUCGUCAUCAGAACAGUCGUGUAGUGUGUUCAUGGAUGGCACGCUUGGAAAGCAAAGUGUUUUUGAAUGCACAUGAAAGCAAUUCUUAGUGAACAGUGAGUAAUUUCCUCACUCUGAAUCAUUCCAGUGUCUAGCUGUCGUUAGGGUCCGACGGGCCUCUAGCCUCUGUUAGUGUCAUAAAAUCACUAUUCACUUGAUAUAUAAUACUUGACAAGCAGAUCUUAUGGUGCUUCAGUUGGUCCAGUUGAAUUGUUUAUUUUGUUUCCCAGUGUGAUCACGGUUGCCUCUGAAGGUAAAAACAUGCAAUUGUCAGUACAAACUUUGUUUUUUUUAAACUUGUUUCCAAUGAUUGUUAAAGACCCUCUCUGUGACUCGCAAAGCACAGGACUUUGCCGAAAAGAAUUUGCAGAAAUGUUUUUGUUUAUACUCCGUAAAAAAUAUGUGUACCCUCCCAAGCCCUUUAAUCCUAAGUGUAUACUUCAUUUCUCUCACUUCAUUCUCAUUUGAUUUUCUCUCCUUGACCAGUCCUUGCAUUCCAGCCACCAUUUUAGAAAGGAAGAGAGGAAAGAAAUGCUAUGGCCAAAUAGUUUGAUCAGUAAAUAAGACAAAGCAAGUGUGCUGCUGCUGUGGUCUCUUAAAUAUAAGUGUUUCCCCCCUUUUUUAAUUACAAGAAGCUGCUCACAGGACAGCCUUUUUAACAGAAUAGGCAUAGUGCUGUACCUCCCUUGGAUGAUACUUUUAUUAAACAGUAAGGUUACCAAGUCAUGUGCCAUGAUGACCACAGUAGUGGGAUAUUUAAACCCCACUUCAAACAAAACCGAUGCCCCUGUUGCAUUUAGAGAAUCAGAGUUGUCUGCUUGGUGGAUUAUUCUAGCGUGGUCCAACAAUAGAAAAGUUUAAGUCUGUUUUUGUUUUGGCCUAGUGUGAUCUUGAAAUGAUGACGGGUUAAUGUGGUCAGCCUUAGCUCACUGGUUUAUAUGAAUGUCUCUUGAAAAGGAAAAAAAAAAAAAAAGACUAUGUGAUCUGAAAUUUACCAGCACCUUAACUACAUGAUCAUGUGUACUUGGGUGAAGUGUCAUUCUGUUCUCAGAGAAAUAUAGUACACCAAAUUUGC